AUGUCAUGGUCACAAUACCUUGCUUUACGAAAAAAACAACGACAAUAUGCUCUAUUUGCUACGAUCCCCUCUACCACAAUUGGUCUAUCUGUGGGAAUCCUCCGCUUUGCUACGAUUGAAUCGCUCCCAACUGAGUUGAUUAUGGGGAUAGAAGCAAACUACGUAUACGCCAUUUCAACUUUAGGAUGCGCAAUCUUUGGCUACCUUAUUGGACCUACGAUCGGUCAUAGUAUCUUUCGCUUGGGCGUUUCGAAACCUCUCCAAGCAGCCAUGCAGGAGCGAAAUGCACAGUUCUAUGCACACAUCAAAGCAAAUCGAGUCGAUCCCGCUCAAUCUAACCUCAACAACCCCCUACCUGAUUGGCAUGGCGAGCGUGUUGGGAGCCUGAGUGAUUAUAGGCGCUGGCUCAGAGAUCAAGCCGCCUAUAGAAGGAAAGCAUCGCAGCAUGGAAUGUUAUUACGCCAAGAAGAUCUCAGUCAAGGCAAGGAUUUGAUCUGA